GUAUGUUCUCACGAGAUGUUCCGAGAUUUAUCAAUAUUGAUCGUAUUGAUCAAGGCAAGAUGGCGGCGCUGGUGGCCGCUGGAUCCGUCGAAAUCCCCUUGCGGGAUACUGACGAGGUUAUAGAACUUGACCUUGACCAGCUGCCUGAUGGAGAGGAGGUGUUGAACAUCCUACGUCAGGAAAAUGUGGUCCUCACCGUGUGGAUCACACUGGCUCUGGAGUAUUACAAACAGGGUAAGGCUCAAGACUUUGUGAAGAUUCUGGAGGCGGCGCGGACAGACGCCAACCAUGACUACAGAAACCACGAGAUUGACCAGAUGAAGUCCCUGGACACCCUGGCUGCGUACUAUGUCCAGCAGGCACGGAAGGAGAAGAACAAGGACCGUAAGAAGGAGCUGUUCACGCAGGCAACGCUCCUGUACACCAUGGCCGACAAAAUCAUCAUGUACGACCAGAACCAUCUCUUGGGCCGUGCCUGUUUCUGUCUGCUGGAGGGAGACAAGAUGGACCAGGCUGAUGCUCAGUUCAACUUUGUACUGAACCAGUCUCCAAACAACAUCCCUGCACUGUUGGGGAAGGCCUGUAUCUCUUUUAACAAGAAGGACUACAGAGGAGCUCUGGCUUACUACAAGAAAGCUUUAAGAACAAAUCCCAACUGUCCAGCUGAAGUCAGACUGGGUAUGGGACAUUGCUUCAUGAAACUCAGCAAGGCAGAUAAAGCAAGACUUGCCUUCCAGAGAGCCCUGGAGUUGAACCCCAAGUGUGUGGGAGCUCUGGUGGGCCUGGCAAUCUUAGAACUCAACAGCAAAGAAGACAAGGAAUCCAUCAAGCGAGGUGUACAGUACCUGUCCAAGGCCUACACCAUAGACUCCACUAACCCCAUGGUACUCAACCACCUCGCCAACCACUUCUUCUUCAAAAAGGACUACAACAAGGUGCAACAUCUGGCCCUGCACGCCUUCCAUGGCACAGAGGUGGAGGCCAUCCAGGCCGAGUCCUGUUAUCAGCUAGCUAGGUCCUUCCAUGUACAGGGAGACUAUGACCAGGCAUUCCAGUACUACUACCAGGCAACACAGUUUGCCUCCACACAGUUUGUCCUGCCUCAGUUUGGACUGGGGCAGAUGUACAUCUACAGAGGAGAUAACGAAAAUGCAGCCCAGUGCUUUGAGAAGGUUCUGAAACACUUCCCCAACAACUAUGAGACUAUGAAGAUCCUGGGCUCGCUGUACGCACAGUCCUCUGACCAGGAAAAGAGAGACAUUGCCAAGCAACACCUGAAGAAAGUGACAGAACAGUUUCCUGAUGAUGUGGAAGCAUGGAUAGAGCUGGCACAAAUCUUGGAGCAGUCUGAUAUUCAGGGGGCUCUUCAAGCCUAUGGCACUGCCACACGUAUCCUGAAGGAGAAGGUUCAGGCUGAUGUGCCACCAGAGAUCCUGAACAAUGUGGGAGCUCUGCACUUCAGACUGGGAAACUUACAGGAGGCAAAGAAAUACUACGUAGCUUCGCUGGACCGCUCCAAACAGGAGGCACAGCACGAUGAGACGUACUACAGCGCCAUAUCCGUCACCACAUCCUACAACCUGGCGCGACUGUUCGAGGCACUGUGUAUGUACCAGGAUGCUGAGAGGCUGUACAAGGAGGUGCUGAGGGAACAUCCCAACUAUGUGGACUGCUACUUACGGCUCGGCUGUAUGGCCAGGGACAGGGGGCAGAUCUACGAGGCUUCUGAUUGGUUCAAGGAAGCCCUCCAGAUUAAUCAGGACCACCCAGAUGCCUGGUCCCUGAUUGGUAACCUCCACUUGGCUAAGCAAGAGUGGGGCCCAGGCCAGAAGAAGUUUGAGCGGAUCCUGAAGCACCCAGACACAGCCAGCGAUGCCUACUCCAUGCUGGCCCUGGGUAAUGUGUGGCUACAGACACUCCACCAGCCACAGAGGGACAAGGAAAAGGAAAAGCGACAUCAGGACCGUGCCCUGGCCAUGUACAAACAGGUCCUGAGGAAUGACCCUAAGAACCUCUAUGCUGCCAAUGGCAUUGGCGCAGUUCUGGCUCAGAAGAACUGUAUCCGAGAGGCCAGAGAUGUCUUUGCACAGGUCCGUGAGGCCACAGCAGACAUGCGUGAUGUAUGGCUGAACCUGGCUCACAUCUAUGUGGAGCAGCGCCAAUAUGUCAGUGCCAUUCAGAUGUAUGAGAACUGUCUGAAGAAGUUCUACAAGUGCCAGGACACAGACGUGCUGCUGUACCUGGCUCGGGCGUACUACAAGCUGGGCAAGCACAAGGAGUGUCGACAGAUCCUGCUCAAGGCCCGUCAUGUGUCACCACAUGACACUGUCCUGCUGUACAACAUGUCACUGGUGAUGCAGAAGAUGGCCACUUCUGUACUGAAGGAUGAGAAGAGUAACCUGAAGACUGUGCUGGGAGCUGUCAGGGAGCUGGAACUGGCACACAGGUAUUUCAACUACCUGAGCCGAGAGGGUGACCGUAUGAGGUUUGACCUGAAACAGGCAGAGCUUGAAGCCAGGCAGUGCUCAGAUUUGCUGAGCCAGGCGCAGUACCACGUGGCGCGGGCCCGUCGUCAGGACGAGGAGGAGCGGGAGGUGCGGAUGCGGCAGGAGCAGGAGCGCGAGGCCCUCCGGCAGAAGCAGCUGGAAGAGCAGCGUAAGAAGACGGAAGAGCGUGAGCAGCAGGCGCGAGAGCUGGAGGAAAAGAGACGUCAGUACCUCGACAAGACCAAGAACCUCCUGGUGUUGCCGGAUGAACCGCCAGAUGAGCCGAAGGCCAGGAAGAAGGGCGGUGGUGGACGGAAAGUGCACUACUCAGAGACAGUUGAUGAUGAUGAUGGUAUGCCUGUCAGGAAGAAAUCAAGGUCAAAGGGCGGACUGUUUAUACAUGAUCCCAGCAUAAAGAACUCUCAAAGGCGUAAGCGAGAGGUGGACGACAUCAUCGAUGAUGGCAGCGGCAGCAGCAUGAGUGGUGGGGAGGGGGGUGCAGAGGGCGUGCCCAGGAAGAAGAAACGAGUGGAAGGAGAGAAGAAGAAGAGAAAGAGGGAAAGAAAACCAGCCCGUGAAGCUGCUGACAGCGAUGACGAAGACGGACAGGCUGGGAAGCGUCCACGGAAACGCAAGCCCAAAGAGCCAAAGUCUCGCCGAGUCACUUCGAUGGAGCCGCAGCUGUCUGCCAAACAGCUGAGCAAGGUCAAGUCCAAGGCCAUCAUUUCCUCCAGCGACUCCAGCUCGGAUGACGAGAAACUGAAGAUUGCAGAGCCUGACAGUGGCAAGGAGAGUGAUAAGGCUUCCAACAAGAGCGGUAGUUCCAGCGACAGCGGCAGUCAGCGCAUACGUGAACGCAAGGCAGGAGGAGUACGUGGAAGGGCGAGGGUCCUCUCCGAUAGCGAUAACUCAGAGUCAGAGAAGUCAGGAAGUGGCGGUGGCUCCGACAACGAGAAGUCUGACCGAUCAGCAAAAUCGGGCGGUGGAAGCGAGUCAGCACGGUCUCGCUCUGGUAGCGACAACGAAUCAGCCAAUGAAAAGUCGGGCAGUGGAAAUGAGUCAGCCAAUGAGAAAUCGGGCAGUGGGAAUGAGUCAGCCAAUGAGAAAUCGGGCACUGGGAAUGAGUCAGGCAAUGAAGGCUCUGGGAAGGAGUCAGGUGGGACCAGGAGCUCUGGGAAUGAGAGCUCAGCUAGUGGGGGUGCCAAGUCAGCAUCAGAGAACAGUGACUCAGAUUAGACUACUCAUCACAACAAUGGGAUGCACUAAUCUCCAAGCAGAUCCUACGUGCCAUAAGAUAGUAUCAAAGCUGGCCAAAGGGAGUCUAACGGGCACCUACGGUGGGUUUGAUACUAUAUUACGCCACCGUGGAUCUGCUUAGAGAUUAGGGAUGCACCUGCCAGUGUGAACCCCAAAGGGGCAAACACAAUAGUAUCUUGACAAUAUCGGUCAUAGAAUUUGUGUGUAUUUACUGGUAAAAUAUCGUAAUAAGUCUCUUUUAAUGGCAUUUAACCAGGUAUUUUUCAGCCCUACAACAUACAAAUCAUACAGUGUUUAACUAUGUAACAUAACCCUGUAAAGAUAACUAGACAACAUUGGAAAGUAGAACAGGAAGUGUUGUAUUGUAAAUUGCUGCAGAAUAUGCCAACUAUUUACUACCCAAUAUCAUGAUAGAUAAAGACAUUGCAUGGCAUCAUAAUGACAUUAGAAGGCAACAUGCCUGCUGUUUUCUUUUGCAGAGAUCUAUAGCACAAAGCUUUAAACUAACAGUUCAUUUUGACAUCUGUACCUGACACUUUUUACCAUUUUCUGUUACAAUAUCAUAAGAAGCAUGUUUGUCACCAUUGAGAUAGACAUUGUACUCUGUAUUGUGUAAGAAUCUAGUAUUUUUCCCCAACUAUAACAGGAACUGUCACAAAUUGUAGAUCUAUGGAAGACUAAUUAAAAAAAUUGGAACUCUCA